UACAGCUCCCGCCUCGCGCGGGGGGCAGGCCCUGUCGGUGGACAUGGAGGAGGUGGACAUGGAGGAGGCCCCUCUGGUGGCCGGGAUGUCCAGCCCCGAGGAUGAGAUCGCGACGGAGAUUUUCAGGGCAGGGAGUCCUUUCGCGUCCGAAAACGUCGCCCUAAUGGCCCCGGUGGUGGCGAAGGAUGAGGAAGACGAGUUCCAGGUGUUCAAAGACGCCUACCUGGGCCCCGCUGACCCCGAAGGGCCGCUGCUGCACGCGUUCAACCCCCCGCUGAACGCGGACUGUGAGGGCGACGUCCGGGUGGAGCUCCUGGCCGACGGGGCCGAGGUGGAGCACGAGGAGCUCCCGGGGGGGUACCCGGGCCUCCCCGGGCUCCACCCGCUGGAGGACGCAGUGCUGCCCGCCGCCCCGCAGCUGCCCGUCUACGAUGAGCACUUCCUGUCCUCCCUGCUGACCCUCCACCCGAGCCCGGCCGUGGAGCCCCUGAGCGCCUGGGCCAGGGACGGAGCCGCCCACGCUGGUGUCCAGGUGAUUCCAGUUGGAAUGAAGGAAGCAAGUGGUGCUCCUCUGAGUGACGAGCCUGAGGAAGGCACUUUCCAGAACCCUCCUGCCCAGGAGCCCUGUUUCAAGUUCCCGCCAUCACAGGAAGCAGAGGACGCUUCUGGCCUCUCUCUCAGGAAAGACUCCGACCCGAUGGUGAUAUGUCAGUUGGAAGGGGGCAGACAAAUGUUGUGCAUAGACAGUUCUGGCACAGGAGAACUAAAAGCAUUUCAUUUGGUUCCUCGGUAUCAAGACCAAAAUAAUUAUCUACAGUCAGAUGUCCCUAAACCAAUGACUGCUUUAGCAGGAAGAGUUUUGCCAGUACCAGCAAAAUUAAAUCUCAUUACACAACUUGAUAAUGGAACCUUACCACCCACAGUCAGUGGGUCCACCCUCCCCCCAGGGUCAGCUCUUCCAGGACCACCAAGAAUGACUUUGGCCAGGUACUGUGAUUGCUUUGCCAGUGGGGACUUUUGCAGCAACUGCAAUUGUAAUAAUUGUUUCAACGAUUUACGUCAUGAAAUGGAGCGGUUUAAGGCCAUUAAGGCAUGUCUUGAUAGAAACCCAGAAGCUUUCCGAUCAAACAUUGGGAACGGAGGACUGGGGGAUGUCAGGCCUCGUCGCGACAAAGGGCAUGAUUGUAGGAGGCCGGGCUGCCUGAAGAAUCGCUGUGAGUGCUAUGAGGCCAAGAUUAUGUGUUCUUCUAUUUGCAAAAGCCCAGAACGAAAAUCACUACUGAGUAUGCCAAACUGUACGGAAGCUGGAGACUGUGAAGGUAGCCGUCAUGUGUCACCAACUAAAUUUUCAGGACUAGCAAAAUUCAGAAAAGAUAGGCCGGCGUCCUUGUGCGUCUCCUGGGACGUGGUGGAGGCCGCGUGCGCCUGUCUGCUGGCCCAAGGCGAGGAGGCCGAGAAGGAGCAGUGCUCUGAGCGCCUGGCGGAGAAGAGGGUCCUGGAGGAGUUCGGGAGAUGCUUGUCGCAGAUUCUCCACACUGAGUUCAAGUCCAAAGAGUCGAACACCGAGUAGAGUACAAGGCAGGCAAAUGGGAGCGCGUGUAGAGUCUGUCCCGGCGUUCUGUAGGAAAUCUGACUCGGGGCUCUUUGAAGGCACGCGAAGCCAGGUCUGCACCAUUAAAGAUCGAGCUAUGCCUCUGCGUCAGGGGCCGGGGGAUUUGCUCAGAGCCCCAAGGGAUUUGGAGAGCAGCCCCUUGCCGGGGAAGCACGCGGCGGCCCUGUUGUCUGGGCCCGAGGAGAGCGUGGGCUCCUGUAACCCGGGGGAGUCGCCUGCACUGGCUUGGGUGGUGGAGGGUGGAAGCGGGUCCUGCAGAGGGAUUAAGGUCCAUUCCUACUGACUUCACCCUCCCUCGGGCAUUUUCCUGGGGAGGCUUCUCUGCAUAAAACAGCCAUAAUGAUUUUUCCCUAAAAUCGUUUAGAACUAAACUCUCCAAUGGGCUGCUAAGAUACAAUGUGGUAUCUCUGGAGAACUACUGAAUACUCUGAAGAAUCUGAGCGUAGACAGUUCCCUAAAGCCACCUGGGCCAUCAGCCUCUUCUCAGGCCCCACGGAGCGCAGACAGCGGGUCACCCUGGCCAUGUGUGGUCAGUGGCACCUUAGGUUGUAGAACUGGAAGUUAGCUAGUUUCUUAUGUGUUUCUAUUUGAAUUGUGGAAAAGCUCUAUUAUCCAAUUAACUUCUCCAUAAUUAUUGUUAAACUAUUAUUAUUGUUUGUAAAUUUUGGUUAAAAUAACUAGUUUGUAGAAAACAGCAGGUAAGAUUAGUUAUU